CGGGACCGAGGGAUGCGCGGCGCCCCCGGCCCUCCUCUCCGCCCCGGGCCCCCAGCCGAGGGGCCCAUCCCCGGGGCCUCGCCGGGAAGCCGGCGCGCGUGCGCCUCUUGCGCGGAGCCCCCUGGCCCUUUGGGGGGCAGCCCCGCGACAGCGGGUCCUAAGGGGCCUCCCCCGGCUCGCCCCCGACGGGAGCCCCGGGGGGCUUUGCACCCCACCCCCCAUGGCGAGCGGCAGCGUCUCCCCGGCGCGCCUCGCGAAGCGCCCCCCAACCGCCCCCCCCGCGGCCGUUGCCGGUCGAAAGUUCGGUGGUGGGCGAGCGAGGCCGGGCCCGGCAGAGGCAUGGCUUCCCCCGGGCGCUCCGGAUCCAGGGCGCCCCCCGAGCUGCCCAUUCUGGAGCCCAUGGUGCCUCUGACAGAGCGACAGCAGCUGCACAUUCAAACUUGCUGGCUAAAGGCUUUUGAGGAGGCGGAAGCGAAUGGCAGGCUCAUUAUCAUCAGGUUCUUCACAGACUACCCUGACAGCAAGCAGUACUUCAAGAACAUCCCAACGGAAGGCGACCUGCUGAGGGACCCUGAGGUGGGCUCCCACGGCCGGAAGGUCAUGGUGGCUCUCAACCAGCUGGUUGAAAACCUGGACAACCGGAAGCAGGGCUGCCGGCUGCUGGAGCGCCUGGUGGAUAACCACAAGAACGUCCACCAAGUGCCCUCAGGGAUGUUCCAGCUUCUGUUUCAGACCAUUCUCUGCGUUUUCCAAGAACUCCUGGCAGAUGAGUUCACCAACGACGUGAAGCUCUCUUGGGAAAAGUUCUUUGACGCCGUCUUUGCAGAAGUAGAAGCCGCCUACAGUCGCCCCCUUCCGCCCUAGAGAAAGGGAGGGGCAUCCCCCGGGUACCCUGCUCCCCGCUCUCUUCCCCCCUCCCCUUCUUACAUUUGUAUUGAUGGAAUAAAGAGGGCAGCAUUUACUUUCUGGA